AUGCCGACCGUCAAACCAGUCCUGCCUCCGCUCAAGACUCCGAGGACAACGUCCUUCCCGUCGGAGCUGAAUGAUGACUGCCCCUCCAGCGUCUCCGACCUGAUCAAACAAGAGGAGGACUCCAGCGCCAAAUCGACGCCUCUCACUCCCCAGUCCGCCAUUCCCAAUUCCUAUUUGAAGUUCCUCGAGGACUACAACUCCCUGUCCCCCAAGAACUCGGCAGCCUCGCCAACCUCGCAGCCGGGCAGUGCCCGCAGCAGCACCUUUUCGUCGCAGCCGGGCAGCGCGUUAAGUAGCACCUUUUCCUUUGGUGACUUCGCCCGCUCACCCACCGUGUCGCUGCCCCCGCCGACGCCGGCCUCGGCCGGGCCCUCACGCCGGAGCUUCCAAAUCCCUCGCCGCCUCCGCAUCCCCCAAUCUUUCAAGUACUCCUCACCCACCACCGACUCGCCCAAAAGCGCGACCAGCCUGCGCACCCCCUUCUCGCCGUCUCACGACUGGCGCAUCCGCUACCUGGACCCUCCGCGCAGCGCUACCGGCAAGCCCGUUAGCGUCAAGCAGGUCGUCACCCGCACCGUCACCUACAAGCGCACCCACCUCGAGGCACCGCCCAAGGGCAAGCGCCGCAAGUGUCGCGAGAUCAGAGAGAGCAAGGAACUCCAGGACGAGAAGGAGCAUCGGGAUAGCAAGGAACACAAAGAGGCGGACGAGCUCUGA